UAAAAAUUAUGGAAAACGUGCAAGGCAAAAUGAGUAAUGUUCAAGAACAAGUUUCAAAUGCUAUGGAACGUAUGGGGGAAGCAGCACAAAGUGUUGGACAAAAAGUUUCUGAUUUCUUUCAAGGAAAUCCUUUUGACACUCCUGUUGGAAGGAAAAUAGAACUUGCAACAGAUGCAACAAGACUUGCUACAGAAAAUUGGGGUUUAAAUAUGGAAAUUUGUGAUUUUAUAAAUUCAACAAACGAAGGACCUAGAGAUGCUGUUAAAGCUAUUAAAAAGAGACUACAAACACAAAUGGGAAAGAAUAACGCAACUGUAAUGUAUACUUUAACUGUUUUGGAGACUUGUGUUAAAAAUUGUGAUGAACGUUUUACAACUUUGGUUUGCCAUAAAGAAUUUGUUGCUGAUAUGAUUCGAUUAAUUAGCGUUAAAUAUGAUGCACCCCAAAUUGUGCAGGAACGUGUUUUAGCGCUUGUACAGUCAUGGGCUGAUGCUUUUCGUGACAAUCCAACAUUUUCUGGUGUUGUUGAAAUGUAUGAUGAGCUAAAAAGUAAAGGAGUGGAAUUUCCUGCAACAAAUUUGGAUUCUAUGGCGCCAAUUAUAACUCCAAAACAGACAGUAUUUGUUCCAUCUUCCCAAACAGCCCCUCCACAACAACAACAAUUCCCCAAUUACCCAAUUUCUUCCUCUGGUUCCUCACAGCCAACACUUCAAUUAUUAGUACAAGAUCAAAUGGCAAAAUUACGUUCAGAAUUGGAUUUAGUUCAUGUUAAUAUGACUGUACUUCGUGAAUUAAUUGCACAAAUGAAACCUGGAAAUAAUGGAAAAGAACCUCCAGAAGAUUUUUAUUUUAUUAAUGAAUUAUAUUCAACAUGUAAAGAAAUGCAAAAACGAGUACUUGAAUUAAUUCCAGUUGUUGCAAAUGAAGAAGUUACAUAUGAAUUACUUUCAAUAAAUGAUGAAUUUAAUGCAACAUUUGAAAAAUAUGAGCGUUGUAUGGCUAAUUUUAAUGCUAAUGGUAUUGACCUUACAAUGGUUGAAAGUGGAAGUAAAAUAAAUAUUAAUAAUGAAGAAAAAUUAAAAGAAAGUGGAGGAGGAGGAAGUGAUUUGAUUGAUUUUGGUGAAAAUGGUGGAAAAGGGAAAAAUGAAAAAAUUGAUUUUAAUUCUGGAAAGGAUUUUGAAUUUAACAAAAAUAAAGAAGGUAUUGAUGCCGACCAGGUUGAGGGUAUUGGAAUUAGAACAAUUGCUUUUAAUAAACUAGAUGGACAAAUUGGACAGGAAGGAAACAAAAAAGAAGGUAAAAUAAAUUCGGGGGUUUUUUUUAAUAUAUUUUUUAUAAUAGAGGAAAAUGUUAAAAAGCCUGUGGAUGAUGGACUUUAA